CACCGACCAUAAAUGGCAGCUUUGCCCCACGGUAAUCGCCCAUUCCUUGCCUCACAUUUCGGCCACCGCGUCCCACUCUCCGUGCGCCCUCGCAUCGCCGCUUCCUCUCCACCCUUCCCUUCCCUUCCGAGAACCGUACGUUGCUCUCCCGAUGGCCGCGCUAGCACGCGCGUCGCUCCUCCGAUCCGCUGUCGGACGGCUCGGGUCCAUCCGCGCCUUCUCAGCGGCCGCGCCCCCCCGCCGCGACGCCAGCGCGGCGUUGGUGGCCGCGGUGGCUGCCGGGUCGGGGCUGGGGAUCUGGCUGCUGCCCCCGGCGUCGCGGCCGCUCGCGGACUCCGGCCAGGGCGAUUUCGCCGUGGCGGAGGCGGGCUUUGGGGACGCGGAGGAGCGCGAGGAGAAGGGCAAGUUCCUGUUCGGAGACUCAUACCGCAGAAGGGUGUUCUUCAACUACGAGAAGCGGAUUCGGACGCGCAGCCCUCCUGAGAAGAUAUUUGAGUACUUUGCGUCUGUUCGGAACCCGGAGGGCGAAGUGUACAUGUUACCUGCCGACUUGAUGAGGGCGGUUGUCCCCGUUUUCCCUCCAUCCGACUCUAAUGUUGUCAGGGAGGGGAGACUCAGAGGGGAGCGCAACCCCGGCGAGCUACAAUGUGCCCCAUCUGAAUUUUUCAUGCUAUUCGACACCAAUGGUGAUGGGCUCAUCUCCUUUGCUGAGUAUAUCUUUUUUGUGACAUUGCUUAGCAUUCCUGAGUCGAGCUUCAAUAUAGCUUUCAAGAUGUUUGACCUUGACCACAGUGGGGAAAUAGAUAAAGAAGAGUUUAAGAAAGUAAUGGCAUUGAUGCGGUCCUAUAAUAGGCAAGGAGCUGCCCACAGGGAUGGGUUACGUAUUGGACUUAAGGUUGGUCAGCCAGUGGAAGAUGGUGGACUGGUUGAGUACUUCUUUGGCAAGGAUGGAAACGGACAUCUACACUAUGAGAAGUUCUCUGAUUUUUUGAAGCAAUUGCACGAUGAGAUUGUUCGCUUGGAGUUCAGCCACUACGAUAUAAAAUCAUCUAAGACAAUAUCUGCGAAGGACUUCGCAUUAUCUAUGGUUGCUUCUGCUGAUAUGAAUCACAUAAACAAGCUACUUGACAAAGUUGAUGAUUUCGAUGAAUCUCCUGAUGUCAAGGAUUUGCGCAUUACCUUUGAGGAGUUCAAGGCUUUUGCUGAUCUGCGGCGAAGAUUGGAACCAUUUGCCAUGGCUAUCUUCAGUUAUGGCAAAGUGAACGGUUUGUUGACGAAACAGGAUCUAAAACGUGCGGCAACCCAGGUUUGUGGGGUGGACUUGACUGAUACGGUGGUGGAUGUCAUUUUCCAUGUGUUUGAUGCAAACUGUGAUGGGAACCUAAGCUCGGAGGAGUUCUUGAGGGCACUACAAAGACGAGAAAGCAAUAUUCGCCAGCCAACUACUCCAGGUUUAAUGGGGGUAUUCUCCUGCUGGCUGAACUGUACGAAGUGUUCUUUUCAACAAAUGCUGCUCCAGUAGAUACUUUCAGUACUCACAAGAUUAGCAUUCUGUCGCCCCUGGGUCACUCUCCCUAUUUGAUGAGCUGGAGAACGAACACAACAACCACUAGAGGUCUGCAGAGACGAUCUUGUUGUAAAUAUUGGCCUGCUGAUCAAAGUUGCCCAAGUAUGUAGCAGCUGUAAAUAACAUCGUUCGUUCUAGCCCAAGGGCUCAGUUGACAGACAUCUCUCCACUGAUGUAACGAACCUGUGACUUUGAAGCUUGCUUACUGUCUGCCACGUUUUCCCUUACAUCUGUAUGGUCAAUCUAACACGAACCUGUGGUGCAUCUUACAAA